GAAUAAAAAUGUUCUUUUUUAGAUUUAGGACCAUAAAACUAGUAAAAGAUAAAAUUUUAUUAAAAACUUAAGCCUAAAAUUAAUUCAGAAAUGUAAUAUUUUUAGAAUCAAUGCUAUACAAGUUGCAGAUCCAGAGAACUUGAAAAUAAUUUGUUGAGUUUAAGGCUACAUUUCUAUUUAUUUUCAUCAAGCCUAAGUUAUAACCCGAUGUUUCACUUUCGUAAGACAAACAUUGAUUGGCUGUAAAGGAACUCCGUGAUCGAUUUCUGACAGCCCCACUUUAUAGUUAUUUUGUUUACAAAACUUUGCAGAUCAAAUUUUUAAAUAACUAUGCAAAUUUAAACACCAUGACCUAUUGUUUCUAUUUUUAGCUUACAAUGUGUACAAUAAAACUUAUGUCGGCCAUUGUUUAUGUCGCCAUUACACGUGAAAACCAAAUUGUUUUUUCUUUUUUUUUAAUUUUUAUUUAGUUACCGAAAAUAUUAAAAACAUCAAAUACAUCCAAUCUUUAGUUAAGUCCGAAAAAAACCAGACAGACAGGAUUUUAUAACCAUAUUAAUUGUAACUACGCCGUGCAAGAUUUUAAAAUGAAUUUAUACACCUCUCAAAUACCUUUGAGACUUUUCUCGCUGGUGUCCAUUUAAGACUAGGCUAGGGAAGAUUUCCGGUUAUUAGACUAGAAUUUAGAAUCUAGUUUUCUAGCUUUUAAAAAAAACGAAUGCAUGGCGUAUUAAUAAGACAGUUAAAUAUUAUUAUUGAUUCCAAUAAUUAAACCACAAUGGAGUUACCUGUUCUGACAUUGAUGCUACUGUUAUUCAUCCACUUCAGUAAAGCAAGUGAUUAUAAAGAAAUCUAUUUAAAUUCUUAUGCUAAUUGUGGUCAAACAUACAUUGUGGGUCCACAUAAGGGAAUGCUAAUCAAAACAGAUGUCAGCCCUACAACAACUACAAAUUCUUUUCGGGACUGUCAGGUUACAUUUCGGUCUGAAGAGGAUGAUGGAAAAUUAUGUGUGGUACAAUAUGCUCGCUUGAAUGAAAUAAGAGACUCCAACGUUGAAUUUGUGGUAAAAGAUGGUAUCAGUGAUGAAGGUAAAAAAAUUUUCACCCUGGCGUACUAUCCUAAUGCUUGGCGGGAUCGUGAAUACUGCACCACAUCUCCCUAUAUUUAUAUGUACCUGCGCAAGUUGAAUAAAAACACGAAUGUCAACAUCACACAGGUGUUAAUCAACCUGAAAGUACUCAGUAUUGAUAGUAAAGAAAGAAAACUUUACUUUGAUGAUGAUUAUUGUGACAAAGCUUACAAAUUAUCAAAAAGUGAGGUUACAUUGUAUAAUCGCUCGCCACCUCCUCAAGCCAGUUUUCCGGGGAGGUUUUGUACUAUUGCUUUGGAUAAAGAACCCGAAGAAGAUUCUAGUAUCUGUCUUGUCUACAUACCACUAUCCACCUCUCAUGAGUGCAAGUGGAAGCUAACCGUAACCAAAGAUAAGCUUUUCUCGCAAAAAGAGCACGCCCUAUACGCCUUGAAUUCAACUGACAGCAGUGCCCAGCAAAUGGGGGCUUGGUGUGGGAGCAAUGAAACCCACUGGGCAAUGGCAGUAUUUGAAAGGCUGUCUGAUCAAUGCAAAUCCGAACCUGAACAGAUGUUCAAGUUGAUACUUACAGAUCACGAUGGAUCCAUUGAUGGGUUACUUGACCGUUUUAGAAGUGAGGAGCCUAACAGCAGCCAGAUAACCACCAUAGUGAUAGCAGUAGUAGUUUGUUUGCUUGUUAUAGCUGUAAUAGCCUUGUCAGUGUACCUCUACAUGAAAUAUCGAAGUGAGAAGUAUCAGUCUGUCCAUAACCCCCAAAACAAAGCUAACUGCUAGAGUAAAGUGUUUAACGAACUAACUACAGUAAAAUAUAAGGAGUUAACUCAAAUAUUUUCCUUUUUUUUUUCAAAUUUAUACUUUUACUUUCUCAUGAACA